GGCGCUUCCCACCUCGGAGCCACAACAUGGCGGAGUAGGAGAGGCGCCACCGCGCCCGGAGAACAGCGAACAAACCGCGGGAUAAAGAGCUGCCAGCGCGGCGGAGAGGACAGGAGAGCGGCCUCGGCGGAGCAGGAGACCCUGGAGGAGGAAAACCUGGAGCUUUUCGGCGCUUGUUUGGAGAUGUAAAUCGGACAGGAGCGCUAGUUUGUUGCUCCACUCCGCGUCGGGCCCCCGCACCCCGAACACGGGCUUCAGAACCCGGGGUGUGGAGUCAGGGGCGGCCGGGGGAGCGGGAAAACCGGGGAGAGCUGGAGAAGCGAAGACCCGUGAGGACUUAUCUCCACAUAAACUGCCUGAACAGCGCGCUGAGAGCGUGGGAAGGUGAUCAUUGUGCGAAUGAGUGAGUGAUGCAGACAGCUUUUUUCCAGGGCAGUAUGGGUUUGUGUCCUCUGCUCCUGAUUUUUGCUGUGGCCUUCGUGGCCCUCAGCUUGGCCCAGGAAACACCCAAGCCCUCAGGUCAUGUCACAACCACCAAACCUACAGCUCCUCCUCCUACGUCAUCCAGAGUCACCAACAUCACACAUGAACUCUCCACAGUCCUUUCUGCUCUGCUUACCACAAGAGGAAUCGUGGAAAAAGCAGGACAGGAGGUUCUCACAGGCUCCCCAACGCCUACCCCUGCUGUAGCUCCAACGACUAUGCCUGCGCCUGUGGAGCCUCCACCUGCAGAGCCUGGCCCCACUCCUGCGCCUCCAGAGCCCACCUCAAUAAGUCCUGGCGAAGAGGAUGAGAAGGAAGUCACUCCCAUGGAUCAUACCACACUCCAACCUGUCUUUCCCACACUCUUACCCACUGAUACUGGAACAGAGUUUUAUACCACAGAUGGUACAGACCCUGAUCUGGACCCUACACCUGAAUUGUCCACUAAGCACCCUGGGAUCAAUACCACACCAGGUGGAGAUGAAGAUAAGGAAGAUGACACAGCAAUCAUCGCCGUUAUGGUGGCCUUAUCAUCUUUGCUGGUGAUAGUCUUCAUCAUCAUCGUCCUCUACAUGCUCAGGUUUAAGAAAUACAAGCAGGCAGGAAGCCACUCCAACUCCUUCAGACUGACCAAUGGCAGGACGGAAGAUACAGAACUUCAGAGUGUGCCGCUAUUGGCCCGCUCCCCGAGCACAAACAGGAAGUACCCGCCUCUUCCUGUCGACAAGCUGGAGGAGGAAAUGAAUCGUCGCAUGGCAGAUGACAAUAAACUCUUCCGGGAGGAAUUCAAUGCUCUGCCUGUGUGCCCCAUCCAAGCCUCAUGCGAUGCUGCCUCGAAGGAGGAGAACAAGGAGAAGAACCGUUACGUCAACAUCCUUCCCUAUGAUCACUCCAGAGUGCACCUCUCCUCUCUGGAGGGUGUUCCCGAUUCCGAUUUCAUCAACGCCUCCUACAUUAAUGGUUAUCAGGAGAAGAACAAAUUCAUAGCUGCCCAAGGGCCAAAAGAGGAGACGGUAAAUGACUUCUGGAGAAUGAUCUGGGAGCAAAACACUGCCACCAUUGUAAUGGUAACCAACUUGAAGGAGAGAAAAGAGUGUAAAUGUGCGCAGUACUGGCCGGACCAGGGUUGCUGGACAUACGGGAACAUUCGCGUUUCGGUAGAGGACGUGAUGGUGCUGGUGGACUACACAAUUCGCAAGUUCUGCAUUCAGCAGGUGGGGGAUGUAUCUGGGAAGAAGCCACAGAGGCUUGUCACCCAAUUCCAUUUUACCAGCUGGCCGGACUUCGGUGUUCCUUUCACACCCAUCGGCAUGCUCAAGUUCCUCAAGAAGGUCAAAACAUGUAACCCGCAGUACGCCGGGCCCAUUGUGGUGCACUGCAGUGCGGGAGUGGGCAGGACAGGGACCUUCAUCGUCAUUGAUGCAAUGUUGGACAUGAUGGGGGCCGAGAGGAAGGUGGAUGUGUUUGGCUUCGUUACGCGGAUCAGAGCACAGCGCUGCCAGAUGGUUCAGACAGACAUGCAGUACGUGUUCAUAUUCCAGGCCCUGUUGGAGCACUACCUGUACGGGGACACAGAGCUUGAGGUGACUUCUCUGGAGUCUCACCUGGCCAAACUCUACGCCCCCUUACCUGGGGCUGGCUGUGGUGGCCUAGAGGCAGAAUUCAAGAAACUCACCUCCAUAAAGAUCCAGAAUGAUAAAAUGAGAACAGGGAAUCUUCCAGCGAACAUGAAGAAGAAUCGUGUGCUGCAGAUCAUUCCAUACGAGUUUAACAGAGUGAUCAUCCCUGUUAAGCGUGGCGAGGAGAACACAGACUAUGUCAACGCCUCCUUUAUUGAUGGCUACAGGCAAAAAGACUCGUACAUGGCAAGCCAGGGACCAUUGCAGCACACCAUUGAAGACUUCUGGAGAAUGAUCUGGGAGUGGAGGAGCUGCUCUAUCGUCAUGCUAACAGAGCUGGAGGAGAGAGGACAGGAGAAGUGUGCUCAGUAUUGGUCCAGUGAUGGCGUGAUGGUGUGUGGUGACUUGUCCAUUGAGCUGAAGAGAGAGGAUGAGUGUGAAAGCUACACUGUGAGAGACUUGCUUGUCACCAACAACAGAGAGAAUAAGGCUCGGGCAGUUCGCCAGUUCCACUUCCACGGCUGGCCGGAGGUGGGCAUCCCCACAGAUGGCAAAGGAAUGAUCAACAUCAUUGCUGCUGUCCAGAAGCAGCAGCAGCAGUCUGGAAACCACCCAAUCACUGUGCACUGCAGCGCCGGGGCGGGUCGUACAGGGACGUUCUGUGCUCUGAGUACGGUUCUGGAGCGAGUCAAAGCAGAAGGCAUUCUGGAUGUCUUUCAGACAGUAAAGAGCCUCAGACUACAGAGACCCCACAUGGUGCAGACACUGGAGCAGUACGAGUUCUGCUACAAAGUGGUCCAGGAAUACAUUGAUGCCUUCUCCGACUACGCCAACUUUAAGUAGGGACCCUUUGGAGGAAACAAGUAGGGAUCCUACAGAGGGAAAGACUUUUUUCUCUCUCUCUUACGCAAAGUCAAUCAUACACACAUUCAGCACUGUGGUGGAAAAGAGGUCUGGCUGUAAUAAUGGAAAAGGGAACAGAACCAGCAGGACCGAUUAAGGACAAAAGAGAGAUGCCAUUCUUUUCUGUCGGACAAGGACAAAAAGAGAAAAAAACAGAAAUGCCUUCUUGAGUAUUUUGUAAUAUUGGUCUUGUUAAUAUGUUUCUCUUUCUUUUUCCCACCAGUGUAAAUACACAUACCAUGUCAGAUUUUUUGUUUUGUUUAUAGAAGCAGUUCUGGCUGCAGUGUGACUUUUUUUCCUUAUAUAGUUUACUGAUAUAUAUAUAUAUAUAUAUAUAUAUAUAUAUAUAUAUAUAUAUAUAUAUAUAUAUAUAUAUAUAUAUGAAAAUAUGAGACUCCUAAUGGGUUUGAGUUGAACAGUGGGACCUUCGGGGAUUUUUCUUUUUUUUUCCUUUUCCAGGUGUGAGAUUCUAACCGUUUCUAUCUCUGCAAUUGAGUGACGGACCAUUUUACCACUCUAUUGUGUUUGAUGGCCGCUUUUGGCGUCCAAGUGACAGCACACACAACACAUACAUGCACACACUUGUGUAAACCACAUAGCAUAAAUGCAGGCAGCAUUUAUUUAGUAUUUCAUUGCAUUUUAAAUUUUGAGGAAUUAUGCUGGAGAGAAUGGGACUGUUCAUUUUGUAUUUUGUAUAUUGUUUGGAUCUUUAGCUGUGAAGCUUUGGAGAAAUGGAGAAGGCCCAGAUUUCUCUCCCAGUUGUCAGCACUAGUGCCAUCGAAAGGUGCAUCUCAUGCCAAGGUAACCAAUGAAACAAGCUCAUUAGCUGAGAAGUGACUCCCGUAAAAUCCAGAAGCUUCUGCAGAGAUCCAUAAGUAUGUGUUGAAAAGCGCAAGCGCGACACCAGUGAGGGUAAAAUGUUACCCAUGCUAAUGAACAUUAGAAUGAAAGAACAACCAGUUAAAACAGUCUUACCUGUGUAAUGCUCACUGGCUUUUGCUAAUUAGCAUUACACAAGGUAAUGCUAAUUGCCAUUCAUUCCUCGUUAGCAAUAUUUACAGUCCACUGAGCCAAUCAAAGAGUUACUCAUCGUUGUUUGCUUGUGUACUUGUUUACCUGUUUGUCUGCAGUCAGCCCUGUCACGAUACUUACAUUACCGACUUACCGUACAAUAUAGAAUUUUUGCUGAUAUUAAUAUCACCAGUUGUGUUUACUUGCAUGUUUGCUUAAGCCUGGUUUACACUUCUGCAUUGAGUCAAGGCGUUGUCUACAGCAUAGCCUGCACAAGUGCUAUGCAGCAUUUUAACAGAUUUCUACUUCUGCGUUCAUACGUUCAUGUGUCUGUGACUGUUGCUCUCCAGUUUUAAUUGUAAAGGUGUGGGCGGGAACACAAGGCUUAGCAGGCCAAUCGCAGCUGCUGUCGUGUAGGCCGAUUUGUAGUUACAUUUCUGUCCCCAAAAAAAAUUAUGGUGACAGGCAUAUCCGUAACCUUAGCCAAACCUUCAUCGUGAAUGAGAAGAGAAUUUUGAACAGAAUGACGGACAGCGCAUAAUCGAUUGUUGACUUUUGGAAUGCUUACACAGUGGUGCCCUGUGACCAGACCAGUUUUGACUUGUUUCAUUCAUUAAUUUGAUUAGAACUCCUGGUCAGUGCUGUAUGUAAAUGCCCAUAGACAUUACACAGUGCAGAGUUUGCAUGUUAGUAAUAAGUGGGAUUGUGGGAGGGCAGUGGUUAUAGUCAGACAGAUUUAUUCAUUCCAUAUUGGCAGUAUAUGUAUGUUUUUCUUUUUUUUUAACCCCUCUUUCUUUUUUUUCUUCUAAAUACAGGGUGUUUUAAAACAGUUUAAUUUAGGGGUCUUUUAUGUAAGAGGAAAAUUUGUCCAAAUAUAAAUAUAUUUAUAUAUAUAUAUUUUUGCUUUAUAAACACAAACACUAACAGAGCUGGCAAUGCUGUGUAAAUGUGUGUGGGGGGGGGGGGCUUCAAAGUUGCUGACUUAUAUGACUGGACAGAAAACUGUGCCAACACUUGCCCUCACUAGUCACUACACCCCCUUCAAGUUUCCCACAUAGCCACUUGUUGUAGCAGGCUCUGCCCCCUCACACACUUGAGUGGGGCUAGGUCCCAUCGCAAUGCUCCAAAGUCCUUGGACCGGUCUACUCAGCAAGUGCCUCAUCACUUCACCGCUUGACGCUUCGCUGUUUGCUGUAUGAUUUUCUUUUUUUGCCUGUUUACAAACUUUUAUCUUUCCCUAUUUUUGCAGGAAAUAUUUGCAGGAGCUCACAAUUACAGUUCAGCUUUAACGUGAUGGUUUGUGCAAGAUGAUUUCUACCUUACCCCAAACUAGUUUGUUUAACAUCAUUUUUGUUUUGUUGUUGUUUCUCUGGGGCUGAGAGGCUAAUAUGGCCAACAUAGCCAAAGCUAAUAUAAAACAUUAGCUUUGACAUGGCAAAUCUAUACAGGAGACAAAACCCUAACUUUCUAUAAACUUUUUUGGUGCAUCCAUCAUGACAUUCUGACACACCAUAAUUAACUGAUGUUCUGCUUUCUGUUGUUAGAUGGAGGUAACACCCAACUUUUCUCAGUUUUUUAAAAGAAAAUUAAAUGUUCAUAAUUAUUUCUACCUCUACAUUUUACACUUCCCAAAUUAGUUUGUUAAUAAUUGUAUACUUACAGAAGUAUCAAACUGUGUAAAAAUGAUUAAACUAAUUAUUACUAGACAUUUUAGAUUUAUUAUAAUUUUCCUUGCCAGAUUACGUUGUUUUUGCUGCAUAUACUCCAAUACGCAUUAUGCACAGUAGAAUCACAGCUUAUUUGGGAAAGUUGGAAUUCCUGUACAUUAUGUACAUUUCAUACUUUGCCAAACACACUUUAAAGCUGAUUUGUGUUCACUGUACUGAAAUGUUUUUGUAGCUGUUUUUAAUCUCUAUUAUUUGUCCAACUUCGUUACUCAGUUUCUUUCCUCAAAUGUUCCACACUAUACUCAGACCAGUCCACUGACCCAACAUCUGCCGUAAAGUGCUGCCAGCUUUAGAGCUUUCCAAAAUUACAACCGAAGCCCCAUUAGCUACAGGUCUGAUGCAGCACGAUGUGUGAUGGGUAAAAUACUCCACUGGAAGGACCCGGGCACUAAACCUCUCCCAUAAAUCCCAAACGAAGCUCUUAUUUGAAUAUUUGAGAAUCCCACUGGUGGACUUUUAAACCCCCUGCACACGGUCCAGUCCCAUACAGUAGUGCUUAACCUAAUCGCUAUUGAACAGCAGUCUGAAGCAAUCAAUAAAGCACCUGCCCAUUGACUUACUAUAAACCAGUUUCAAGUCAGUGGCUUUUCCUGUUCUGCUUGAUUGUUGCUGGUGGUCAUCGAUUGUUAUUGAUAGAUCGUAAUGGGGCAAAUUUACCCCCACUUCUCCAAACAAGUUACGUUAUUUUAAAACUUUUUUCUCCCCAUGUUUUUUUUUAACCCCUCAUACAUCAUCCUUUCACUUCUUCAUCCCUUGUGCUUUCUAAAACUCCCUUUACUCCCUUCUGUACAUAACAUUAUUUAUAUUUCAUUCCUCUCCUCCUAUGCCUUGCAUUUUUUUAUGACAAUUGUAUAUGAAACUGUACUGGGACCAUUUCGAAAUGUAUUAGUUUUUUUUUCAUAUUUUAAAUUUGGUAUUAUUGUCUUAAAAUCCUAUUUUUUAUUUUGCAUCUGUUUUUUUCUAGUGUUUUGUUAUUCAAAAUUUGAAUAUAUGUGUAUAUAUAAUUAUAUAUAUUAUAAAAAUUAUAUAUAAUUAUAUAAUGCCAAAUGGCCUUUCUAAGCAAGAAACUGUUCAAACCUAAUAAAAGUGCUUGAGAUUUUA